AUGUCUACUCAAGUAACACAAAGUCGUACCUCGCGGGGACCUGCCUCAUUUUCGCAACUUCCUUCUGAGAUUGCGGAAAGGAUUUUCAGGUACUCUUUACCAGGUCCUCGGAUCAUCACCAUCGAUGUAAAACACAGUCGGAUGGAAGAUUCUGAAAUCGGGGAUGGCCUUGCUCUGGAUCUGAAAAAAUCCCGGGAAUCCUGGGAGAAAAAGCGGGAGGACAAACAUUUUAGAGAAAAGCUGGGACUCCAUGAUCCGAAAGAUCACCACAUGAUCUUAGAAGUGGAAAGGGCCUUCGCUAUUCAGACCAUUCCAGCUUUAUUACACACUUGUUCACUAUCAAGAAAAAUAGCUCUGGAAUACUAUCAAUUUUGGGUCCGAGGAAAACAUUUGACAAUUUGCAUCGAUUUCAACAUUGACACUCUCCACUUUGAAAGCUAUUUCGCGUGGAAAUACUUCACGCGAAAUUUAGGAGAAUUCUGUGGUAGAAAUCUCCGUACCGUUAUGAUCGCCUCAAAUAGCCAGUGGGGGUACAAAGAUGGAGAUCGAUACACUAUAAACUACAACGUGCUUUUGAACAAUCUCCUUGAUGAAAAGUACACUAAACAAAGAUGUUAUUACGUUAGAUCAGACGAUGAUUUUAUCGACGAGAUGGCCGAGAAAGUGAAGUUUCUGGCUCUUGGUGGAGAAGCGGAGUGGAGCUGGCGCCCAGACUGGGCAGAAAUAUUAAGAGAUUUUUGGAAGCUCAAAAAGAUAUGGUGGAGAUUCAUGGACGAUAAAUCUGUCGAAGAUGGAUUAAAACAGGAGUGGAGAAGACUAGCUGCAGGUAUUGACGAUAUAUCAGAGUGGUUUGCCAGAAAAAAAGAGUUCGCCCACGUCACAAUACCAAAAACUCAGCGCAUCAGCUUCCAAGAUAUACAAACCAGGCAGAGACUCGGCGAAGGAUUCGAUAUUGAGUAG